CUUUGUCUUCUCGUUCCAAAUAUUUUCCAAAUCUCAUAGCAAGCUUUGUCGGAACCCUAAAUCCCCAAAUCCAUAGUGUCCAUCUUUUUAUACAGAUGCAGAGAAUGACCGAAGCCCAUCUUCCUCAAGAACUGCUGGUUGAGAUCUUGAAGAGACUGCCCGCGAAAUCGUUGCUGCGGUUCAGGUCUGUUUCCAAAUCAUGGCGCUCUACAAUCAGCAGCCCAGAAUUCAUAACUCUUCACAGGAAUCACAACAUCAACAACACUCGCGUGUUGGUUAGUUACUACCCGUCUGAGCUCCGUGCUCUUCUACACUAUGACAAUGACGCGUUUGAAUUGGAUACUAAGAUUGAAUUCCCUUUUGAGAGGCUCAGUAGGUACUAUCGAAUUGUGGGUUCUUGUAAUGGGUUGAUUUGCGUGGGAUGUAAUUUGGUUUCAUGUGCAAGUGAUUUGUUUCUAUGGAACCCUUCUAUUAGGAGAAUUUUGACCCUUCCAACGCCUGGAAUCACUUUUAAAUCCCACGGUGCAUAUAUGCUUGCUUUGGGAUUCGGGUUUGAUUCCAAGAGGCGUGAUUACAAGGUGGUGAGAAUUGUUUAUCUUCAAGGAAGAAAUGGGUUCAAUAAGGUUCCGCCUGAGGUCGAGCUUUAUGAGCUGAGUACUGGUACUUGGAGGGGGAUUAGUAUUGUUGCGCCUCCAUACGAGAUGUGUGACUAUUCGUUGCAGGCUAAUAUGAAUGGUGCAGUGCACUGGAUUGCAUAUAGUCCAACCAAGAUCAAUGGUCUUCGUAGUUUGAUUGUGGCUUUUGACUUGAGUGAUGACGUCUUUAAGGAGAUGAGGUUGCCGAAAACUUUAUCCCAUGAGUAUCCGGCGGAUUUGUCUAUUGCAGCAUGUGGUGAAUUGCUUUCUUUGUUCCACUACAAUCUAAGUUCACCGGUUAGAUGUUGUGGUGUUUGGGUGAUGGAAAAGUAUGGCAUGGAUAAUUCUUGGACUAAACUUUUCAAUAUAGAAUUGUUGCAAGGAGUGAGCGCAGUAUUAGGAUCCAGGAAGAAUGGUGAACUUCUAGUGGUAACAAGUGAUAACAAACUAGUUUCUUAUGACCCAGAUGAUGAACAGGUCAAGGAUCUUGGAAUUCGUAAGAGCACAACCUCAUUGAAUGUUAAUACUUACACGGGAAGCCUAAUUUUACUUGAUAGAACUUAUGGAGUAUUGAGUUAUUCUUCAGUCCCUGAUUUGAACUUAUGGAGUAUUGAGUUAUUCUUCAGUCCCUGAUUUGCUUGGAGAGGGAUGACAGUGAAACCGAAGACUGUCAAUGAUCCAAAAUGCUUGAGGUAGUGCCAGCGUAGAUCCGAGCAAGGGAGUCAGCUUUUGCGGCAGAGUCGGUGUGGUGUACAGGCAGAAGCUAGGAUGGAAACGCCUUUGAACAUGACACAGAUCUGAUAGUCUGGAGAGAGAGUAUGGCAUGAAUAGAGAUGGUUGAAAGUCUAGGAUUCAUUUAGCUGACCCCUCCUAGCAAAAUUGAAGUUUGUGAUUGUUAUUGUGUCGCAGGCAACAUCAACUAAUGGAUUGUGCAUUCUAAUAUCUCAAUAGAAAAUGCCAGGGAAGUUCUCUUCUGUGGUUUUGCUUGUGUCUAAUGAGUUAAGAACUUAAAGAAAUAGAAAAUUAUGUAACUAACUCCCGCGCCCUCGAGACAUGUCGACACUUGUUGAGAAUGGUGGAAGCUUUUUUACCAGCAAACGGAAGGAGCAAAUUAUUAGAUUAAUAUUAA